AUGCAGGGUGCAUUGGAACAUCUCAAUGACAUUACAGGCAAUGCUCUGCGCAACAGCCCGCCAGAUGACUGGUUGACAGAUGUCUUGGUCAAAAGGAAAGAAGAUCUGCUGCAGAUGGACUACAUGCACAAAAAGACUGAAAAAAGGUUACUGAAGAGUACAUCAAGUGUGACAAUGGAAAACUUCACUGAGCUUAGUAGCAACACGACUAGUCAGGUCAUCACCACCCUACAGAUCUUGCGGAUUGUUGUCUCCAUCUUGAUGCUCCUCUUCUUUGGUAUCUUUGUGUACUUCAUGGUCAUCAUACUCAAUAUCUUCUUCACCACCCCCCAUGUCCGGGACACGCCCCGUUACAUCUUGUUCAUCCACAUGCUUCUGAAUGAUUUGGUCUAUCUACUCAUCGCAUUUUUCUUCUUCAUUUGUGUGAUCAAUGGCAUACAUUUCCCUAUGCCAAUAUGUUUUAUAAUUACUAUCUUAUCCACUUACUUGAGGAUCUUUAACUUACAGGUUCUCUGGGUCUGGAAGUCAUUCAUGAUGUUCAAUUUCCAAAUAGUUAUAGCAAAUUUCACAGAUGCUCUUUGCUUUUCCACAGUGGCCGUGAUCAUCACCUACACCUAUGUUAAAGUUAUGCUGGUCGCUCGGAGAAUGGACUCAGGAAAAUUUGCCGGAAAGACUGUCCUGCUCCACGCGUUUCAGCUUCUGUUGUCCAUGUUGUCUUUUACCACUACAAUUACUGAGAUAUUUUUGGUAUCAUAUAUUCAAUACCUGCCUCUUAUCAACUUCUUCUUGGUGAUGUCUCUUCCUAGAUUUGCCAGUCCUUUAAUCUAUGGCCUGAGAGAUGAAUUGUUUGGUAAAGCUAUGAGAAAGUUUUACUUAGCCAGAAUUUUGUCUUUACAUCGGAAAAGUAAAUAGAAAGUUGAAAGGAAAAAAAAUCAUAAAUUCUAAAAAAAAACAUAGUAGUAGAAGUUGUGCUCCACCAAUAAUGAUCAAAAAGGACUAUUGGUACGUGUGAAAUACAUGACUGAUUGGCAAAGUACAAAAUUCCCAAAGCUCCUUAUGACUCCCAACCUUUGAUCUGUAAGAGGAAACUUCAGAUCCUCCUAUGAAUGGAAAGAAAGAGACAACCUUUACCAUUAGGAUAAGCCAUCAAAAAGCAUUAGGUCCCACUGGGAGAAAAGCGCUAUAUAAAUGCCUAUUGUUGUCCUUGAUGUCAAACUGGUGGAGGUCCAACUCGUGGCACCCUAUAGAUCCAGUAAUUGCUGCUUCACCUAGUUUGCUUAGCAGGAACAUGGUUGUUGCAAUAAGCACACAGGUUUGAGGAAUGCCAUUUGAUACAGGACCUGCGUUCUAGCUGUGCCCAGAGCUGGUCAUAGUCAGGUAGGCUUGAGGGAGGACCGCAGGUCAUCCAAUUUUUCAAAGGAAUGGUCUAGUUACUUGGGGGC